AUGAGUCUGCUGAGAAGAACGCAUAGAAAAUUUACCUCUGUCACAACACCUGAUCAAGCCGCCGUUACCACUCAUACCCUUGUUACACCUUCUCCUGAAUCCUUGGGGUUUGAAGAGACUUCGGUGAAGAAAGUACAUCGACCCAUAUACCUGGACAUGCAAGCCACAACACCUCUUGAUCCACGCGUGCUUGAUGCAAUGCUUCCUUAUCUAACUCAGCAGUACGGCAAUCCUCACUCGCGAACGCACGCCUAUGGUUGGGAAGCGGAAAAGGCGGUUGAAAAAGCUCGUGCUCAUGUCGCGGAAUUGAUUGGUGCAGAUCCAAAAGAAAUUAUAUUCACUUCAGGCGCCACCGAAUCGAAUAACAUAAGCGUCAAGGAUCUGAACACCUUUGCCGAAUCCAUUCGUCCGGACACGUCACUCGUCUCAAUUAUGACGGUGAAUAAUGAGAUUGGUGUAACCCAGCCGGUUGAAGAAAUUGGUCGAAUUUGUCGUUCAAAGAAAAUUUUCUUCCACACCGACGCUGCACAAGCAGUGGGAAAAAUACCAAUGGAUGUUAAUAAGAUGAAUAUCGAUUUGAUGAGCAUAUCUGGUCACAAGGUCUAUGGACCAAAGGGAAUAGGUGCUUUGUAUGUUCGAAGAAAGCCGAGAGUCAGGCUUGAGGCAUUGCAAAGCGGUGGCGGGCAAGAAAGGGGAUUGAGAAGUGGAACGGUGCCUACACCAUUGGUUGUGGGAUUAGGAGAAGCGUGCCGAAUUGCAAAGGAGGAGAUGCAGUAUGAUUCCAUGCGUGUCAAGAAACUUUCCCUGAGGCUCAUUGAUGGUAUCAUGUCAAGAGUUCAGCACAUUGUUCGUAACGGUGAUCCAAACGCAAACUAUCCAGGUUGCGUCAACCUUUCAUUUGCAUAUAUCGAGGGAGAAUCACUCCUAAUGGCUCUCAAAGAUAUUGCCCUCUCAUCAGGGUCAGCAUGCACCUCAGCUUCGCUGGAGCCAUCAUACGUUCUUCGUGCAUUAGGCACUGAGGAUGAUAUGGCCCAUUCAAGCAUUAGGUUUGGUAUAGGACGGUUUACCACGGAACAAGAAAUUGACUUUGUUGUGGAGAGGGUAGUACAACACGUUGACAAGCUGAGAGAAAUGUCACCACUCUGGGAGAUGGUUCAAGAAGGUAUUGACCUGAAAUCAAUUCAGUGGAGCCAACACUGA